UAUGCAUGUCUCAAUCGGGAAGUAUGGUAUUAAUUUUUUUAGGAUCAAGAUACAUGAACUCGGCUUAUAUCGCAUGAACUACUUUGUUGUUGGACCAAAUAACUUAAAUUGAAGACUAUGACACACAACCUCAGGCUAACAUUUGCACGGGGGACAUCUAUUGAGGAAACAACUGAUACUUCAUUUGAUAUGGAGAUCUUUAACUUGUGUCAUUUAGAACAGCUAACAAAUUAGCAGUUAUUACCAAAAUAAAAAAUAAAAAAAAAUUAGCAUGAUGUCGAUGAGGGAGAAUUAUUCAGUAAUUCUUCUUUUUCAUUUCAUUUUAAUUCUAGGUUUUGUUAAAUUGAGCGACUAACUUUUAUAUUUGUAGAUAUUGUUGGCCAGGUUGUGACCUUCGAAACGAUUCAGACCUACAAGCAAGGAGACAACAAUAGUGUUUUUAUGAAUGUUGAACUCGAAGACACUCACCAAGUUUCAUUCAUAAAUAGAAACUUUACUUUUACAAUAUAACUACUUAUAGUUUUUUAAAUGAACAAUUACCAUGAAACAUAUAGGAGGAACAUGAUUUCGGCAACUUUGUGGGGUGAACUUGUGGAUCAAAUUCAACCUCACUUGAAUGGAUCUACAAAUGAACCUUUGAUUGUUGUUUUGCAACUUAUCAAAGCUAAAAAAAUCUGAAGUUUACCAAGUUUACAUCUAUAUUUGAAAUUCAGUUUCAAAUUUUUUUAUAAUCCACUUCAUACCCAGGAGUAAUUCAGUGUAGCUAUUGGUAUAUUUCAAAACCAUGGAUAAAUUCUACUCUGCCGUAAUCUAUUGUGCUUAAAUCCAAGUUUGUCAACAAUAUAAUUUUCUUCUGUGUACUAAAAAAAUAUUAAUAUGAUUUACAACUUAUAGUCUUCAGACUUAUUUGGAUUAGUUGCAGGCCGUCAAUCUAACCGUGAGUGGAUUACUAAGACAAGUUCUCAGCAAUUUUUGUUGGAGGAAGAUCAGUAUUAUGUCUUGCAAGUAGGGGACUGAUGAAAGAAUAUAAGGGUGAAAUUUCUUGUCACUUUGUGAAUGAAUAAAUUGUUAGGUGACUUAUUUCUGCAAGUAUGUGCAGCAGUUGCCUCAAAGGGAUCUUAUGUAGCAGUUUUGUUUGAUAAAUAUAGAUGCAGAUAUAUGUGGAAACCCUUACUGGCAAAACUAUAACUCUUGAAGUUGAGAGUUUAGAUACAAUCGAUAAUGUAAAGGCCAAAAUCCAGGACAAAGAAGGUAUUCCAACAACGUUUGAUCUUUGCAGGAAAACAGCUCAAGGAUGGGCGUACUCUCUCAGACUACAACAUCCAAAAAUAGUCAACCCUCCACUAAUUAGUCCUUCGCCUUCGCGGUGGAAAGCAAAUUAAAAGGAUAUUAGUAAUGCGGAAUCUUGCUCGUGAAACCAAUUUUAUGGAACCUAGGGUGGUAAAUCCUCCACAAUAUUGCCUUUUCCUUUCCUUAAUUCCCAAACACCCUCUACAUCAAAACUAGAAUGCUUGGAAAUGAUUUCCCACCAAAUAGAGGCACUUUUCCAACGUUCCAACACGACCAUACAUCUUCUGCAACUUCAUUCUCUAUUCAUCAAAACAGCUCUCAAUCACGACGAGUAUCGUCUCUCCCAAUUCAUAUCAUUCUCAUCUACAAUAUCUCUCCAAUUCUCCCGUAAACUCUUUGAUAAUUCUCCCAUUACUCCACCAAUCUUCGCAUGGAACACAAUGAUGAGAGCAUAUUCCAAACAAGUAGAGUCUCUCAAGCUUUUUAAUCAGCUUCAAAGAAUUCGAUUAAAAGCAGAUAAAUUCACAUUCCCUGUUGUGUUAAAGGCUUGUGGGCAUUGCUUGAUGAUUGGAACUGGUGGGUCCUUGCAUUCAAUGGCUUUCAAGUGUGGUUUCAGUUCAGACUUACAUGUAAACAAUACUCUUUUGAGAAUGUAUGCCGGAUUUGGUGCGGUCAGCUUUGCAAGACUAGUGUUUGAUGAAAUGCUUGAUAGGGAUGUAGUUUCUUGGAGUUCCAUGAUGGCCGCUUAUGUUCAUUGUAACUUGCCGUCAGAUGCUUUACUCCUCUUCCAAUCCAUGAAGCUAGCAAAUGAAAAGCCAAAUUCUAUCUCAUUGGUUAGCUUGCUGGGAGCAUGUAGUCGCAUCCUGAGUAUCAGAUUAGGUAGAUGUAUUCACUCGUACAUUGUUACCGGUGGUAUGGAACUGCAUGUUGAACUGGAAACAGCCCUCCCGGGCAUGUAUGCAAAAUGUGGUCAUAUAGAGCAGGCUUUCCGCAUCUUUAAUUCAAUGGAUGAUAAAAAUUUGCAAACCUGGACCAUCAUGAUUUCUGGCCUUGCUGAUCAUGGCCAUGGAGAAGAAGCUGUGUCUUUGUUCGCCAGAAUGGAAGAAGCUGGCUUUAGACCGGACAGCUUGUCAUUUUCUGCAAUCCUAAAUGCUUGUAGUCAUAUUGGCCUUGUUGAUGUGGGCCGUGAAUAUUUUGAAAAAAUGGUAAGUAUUUAUAACAUCAGGCCGACUAUGGAACAUUAUGGAUGCAUGGUGGACAUGUUUGGACGUGCUGGAGAAUUAGAAGCAGCUUAUGAUCUUAUAAGGAGCAUGCCUAUAGAGCCUAAUUCUGUGAUAUUGAGGAGUUUCAUUAGUGCUUGUAACCAUCAUGGCCGUAUUCCUUGCACAGAAGAAAAUAUAAGAGGUAUUCUCCUCAAAAUAGAGCCUGAUCUCGGAUCAAACUAUGUGCUUGCUUCCAGUUUGUCUGUUCUUUUUGGUUAUUGCAGUGACGCGAACAGUCUAAGAUCGGCUAUGAAAGCGAAAGGGAUAAAGAAAUUUCCUGGUAGCAGUUGGGUGCAGUCGCUUGGUACCUCUUCAGAACACAGCAGUUGAAGGAUCUGCCAGCAGUGUUUUUGUUUACGCCAAACCAACACAGGAAUGAAGGUGCUGUUACAUUCCACUGACAAGAAAGAGCACUACCACGGUGGAGGAAAAUGAAUUGUUUCUUUUUGGGUAAUGCCACCAGGCUGAGGUACAAGUUUAGGAGAGCUGUUGCUUGACCAUUGGAAGAGAAUCAUACUGAAGUUAUGAAGAUUACACUGUGCUGUGAUUUUGAUUUGAGGCUCAUGGGAUAAGACGUUUGAGAGAAACUCCACAAAUUGGUUAACUUCUGGAAGAGAAAACGUCGUGCUCUGUCAGAGACACAAAUGUGUUAUCAUCCUCAAAUUUCUUUGUAACAAUCAACCAUGCCUCGGUACCGGACUAGGUGGGGUCAGCUUAGGAGUCUCCUAUACCCAUUCUAUCUUAUAUGUCCUUUAGUUUGUACUCCACAAAGCUGAAUUAAACAAUGUGCUGUCUUCCUUUAGCUGGAAAGUUGAACCGUAACCUCUGAAAUGAAGGACAAGCAAGCAGUGAACAUGUCAUGCUGGUGUAGUUUUUGUUGUAUGCAAAAUAUGGAAAACAAAGGCUUGGUAGUUGUACUACUCGAAGUAGCAAAUAUAUUUGGGUUGAUAUAA